AUGAACUGGGUGCGGCGGCUGCUGUGCGAGAAAGCCAACCUACUGGGCCAGGUGCGUCCGCCGGCCUGCCCCGUGGCCUUUCCCGAAACGUUUACAGGCGACUCCGCCCGGCUUCCCGAAUUUUUGAUCCAGGCGGCCGCUUACAUGAGGAUCUUCGAGGCCAGAUUCUCGAACGACAUCCUAAAGGUGGCAUUUUUAAUCAGCCGCUUCUCUGGGGCGGCAGAGGAGUGGGUAGUACCCUACACUGAGAGGGAGAGCCCCAUCUUAAGUCAUUACCCGCGUUUCGUGGACGCGCUGAAACGGGCCUUUGGCAGGAAUGGUUAG